AUGCCGGUAUACAUCUUGAUUCCUGAACCUCUCCAUGCUUCAUCCAGCGAGCAUACAUGUACGCGCAAAAACAUUGACUUCCUGCAAGGUCUUUCACUAUACGAUGGAAAGCUUGGUUGGCAUUUCUUGGUAUCCCAAAGCAAAACAGAAUCCCGACAUGCGGCUAAUAAGUAUCCGCGAAAACUGAAAGUCGUAUACUAG